CCAACCAAUACCAAAAGGGCAAAAACAAUAAUAAAAGAGAAGCAAACUUAUGGGUUCUAUUUCAGAAAUGGUUUGUGUUACUGGAGCUUCGGGCUUCAUCGGGUCAUGGCUUGUCAUGAGACUCAUGGAGAGUGGUUAUACGGUUCGAGCCACCGUACGCGAUCCAGAUAACAUGAAGAAAGUGAAGCAUUUAUUGGAAUUGCCGGGUGCAAAGAGUAAAUUGACUCUUUGGAAAGCUGACCUUGAAGAAGAGGGAAGUUUUGAUGAAGCAAUUAAAGGGUGUACAGGAGUUUUUCAUGUGGCCACACCAAUGGAUUUUGAGUCCAAUGAUCCUGAGAAUGAAGUGAUAAAGCCUACAAUAAAUGGAUUACUAGACAUCAUGAAAGCAUGCGUGAAGGCCCAAACUGUUCGUAGAGUAAUUUUCACAUCCUCUGCUGGAACUCUCAAUGUUACUGAAAAACAAAAGCCUUUGUUCGAUGAAAAUUGUUGGAGUGAUGUUGACUUUUGUCGAAGAGUAAAGAUGACUGGCUGGAUGUAUUUCGUAUCUAAGACAGUUGCGGAGCAAGAAGCAUGGAAAUUUGCGAAAGAGCAUGAUAUGGACUUUAUCACAAUCAUUCCACCUCUUGUUGUUGGCCCCUUUCUUAUUCCAACUAUGCCACCAAGCCUAAUCACUGCCCUUUCCCCUAUCACUGGAAAUGAGGCCCAUUAUUCGAUAAUAAAGCAAGGUCAAUAUGUCCACUUAGAUGAUCUUUGUGAAGCUCACAUAUUCUUGUUCGAGCAUAUGGAAGUUGAAGGGAGGUACAUAUGUUGUGCAUGUGAAGCUAAUAUUCAUGACAUUGCAAAAUUAAUUAAUACAAAAUACCCAGAGUACAAUGUCCCCACAAAGUUCAAGAAUAUUCCAGAUCAAUUGGAGGUUGUCAAAUUUUCUUCAAAGAAGAUCAUGGACUUGGGAUUCGAGUUUAAAUACAACUUGGAGGAUAUGUACACUGAAGCAAUUGACACAUGCAGAGAAAAAGGACUUAUUCCUAAAUGUAUUGGACCUCCAAAAAAUGGAGUACAUAUAUAAUAAAUAAAUAGGAUGUGUGUGAUGGUUUAAACUUUAAAGAGAUAUUUUUUUUUUUUUUUUAUCAAUAAGGUUUUCUUUAGUAAUCGGAAUAUUCGGUCCCAAAAGGCCAAAUUCCCCCUUUUGUCUUUUAGAAGUUAUUAUGCAAGUUGAGUAAAAAAGAAUUAUGUUUUAUGUAUGAAAAGUCUCACAUAGUUUAGACAAAAUUUCAUCUA